GACCCGUCCGCUUUACCCAGAAUCCCCCGCGCCGACACAAGAUGGAAGAGGGCAACAGCUGCAGGAGAACAAUGUUUUGGCAGUAAACGCUAAAAGAACUGCGUGUUUGGGGUUCAUUCAAACGUUAAAAGUCGGACGUGGACAUGCCCGGUGUAUCUCCUCUUUUGAGCUGAAUGACCGUUGCCCUCUCGAGGAUCCAGCCAUGAGUAUUAUCCAGGACAAGCUAGGCAACGAGUUUCUGCGCAACGGCAGCAUGGACCCCAACUUUGCCCCCAGCAUGCUCAUGUUCAGCCAUUUACCUCCAGUCACCAGCUUUACGCGGCUCGCCUCGCAGCCGGUCGUGACCGAUUUGCCUCAGGAGAUGGUCCUGAAGAAGGAGAGGGAUUCUCCGGAGCAUGGUGGCGGUUUUCUGCACAGCAUGGGCAUAAAGCAGGAGAAGUUCAAUGAGCUUGACUACCGCAUCCCGCUGUAUGGAACUGGCCCGGGAACAGGUGGAGGAAAGAGUUCAGACAUGCUGGACAUUUCACUUGGAAGCCACCAGAACAUGCUUCUGCAUGAUGUCAACAUUAGCAGUCAGCUUCCUGCAAGAUUAGGGAAAGACCCAAAAGAUUCCACACACAGAAAAGGACGGCGGGCAAAUGGGGAGGGAACAGAGGGCAGAGGCAGAAGGAAGCGAGGGGAUUCCACAAAGUCAAUGAUGCUGGAUGGGGAGGGAGGACCCCUUUCUCCCAGCUCCAAACCACAUAUAUGUGAACACUGCAAUGCCGCCUUCCGCAGCUCCUACCAUCUGCGCAGACAUGUGCUCAUCCACACAGGUGAGAGACCUUUUAGGUGCAGUCAGUGUAACAUGAGCUUCAUCCAGAAGUACCUGCUGCAGCGGCACGAAAAGAUCCAUAGUGGGGAAAAACCAUUCAGCUGUGACCAGUGUAACAUGCGCUUCAUUCAGAAAUACCAUAUGGAGCGACACAAGAGGACACACAGUGGAGAAAAGCCAUAUAAAUGUGAUACUUGCCAACAGUAUUUCUCUCGUACUGAUCGUUUACUGAAGCACAAGAGAACCUGUGGAGAAGCCAUAAAGAAGGGUCUGGACCCAGGGAUGCUAGACCUUGGAGAUGAAGACCUGGGACAAGGCAGCUACCUACACACUCAGGGAAAUGCCAGUGCGCCACCACGCAAGAGAGGCAAGUCAAAAAACAGUGGGGAGGGUGGAGAGCGGCGGAGGAAAAAGACUGUAGGUUCAGGGGCAGGCCAUAUGGUCGGCAUGCAAGACUACGCCAUAGACAUGGCCGCUGGCUCUGGGGCAUCCUCUUCAGGGGUGGGGAACAUGGCAGACACCAGCAUGGCAAACCAGCACGUUCGCAAUCCCAAGCUUGCCUUUAAGAAAGGAGGACGCAAGGGUGGGGACAAGAGCCUGCUCUCAAUGGGCGAGGCCGGCUCAAGCUCAGCUCUCCAUGAACAGAAAUUGUUAGCUCCUAAAUCCAGUCCAAUGGAUCUGCCUGGACCCGGAGGUAUGGACGGUCUAGGUCUCCUGCAGAGUUCCUCAGAGUCAAAGCAAGGUGGCACAAGCAGCAACUACGACGAUGCCAUGCAGUUUCUGAAGAAAAGGAGGUACUUGCAUGCGGUGAACAGCAGCGGUGGUGACUACGGCUCGGUCCACCUUCCUCCUCAGCAGACGGUUAUCCAGGGCGGCAUUGGUGAACCCACACUUGCGUUACUGGACACAUCACCUCUGGUCAGUGUUGAUAACAAGCACGACAAGUCCGGCAUCCCAGACGAGGUACUGCAGAGUCUGCUGGAUCACUACUCCCAUAAAAGCGAUGUGACUUUUGACCUCUCGGAUCCGCACCACGUUGAGCUGCAUGCAGCUUCAGCGACGCCUGAGCUAGGAGCAGAUGAAAGCUCCUCGAAUGGCUCAGCUGACAAGAGUGGCGUCAUGAACGAGUAUUCCAAGUUCUUGCUGCAGACACUGGAGAGGACGAGCCACGGUGGGAGCGGUGUCUUUACAUUCUUCCCGGAGAAGCACAUGUACGCUGCGUCUCCUCUGGAGUGUACCUUCGGCCAUUCUGUCUCCUCCCCCCAUGGUCCCUCAUCCGCUUCUGUGCUCCCAAAGUCCCACUUCAGCAUGCUGGUGGGCUCCCACUCUCCCUCCCAUGCCUCACCUUCCUCCCAACAGGCCUUUCAUCUGAGUGCCCUCGAGCCCUCAGCCCACCAGCAGCUCACGCCAUCUCAAGAGCUCACUGAGCAGUUGGACAACCAGGAGCUUGCUAAUGGCAACAGGCAGAAGGAGCAGCAGGUGAAGAAUGGCAGUGCCACCAGUGCGAACAGCACCAGCCGUGGCACCACCUCUGUCUACUCCCUAAAUUCCCCUCCUGAUCUGACGGCCCUGGAACCAUCCAAGGAGGUGGACAUGCGGCCCACGUUUCAGAUCGAGAACUUCGCUCAGGCAUUCGGCUCCCAGUUCAAAUCCGAGCGCCGGACCCCGCUGGCGUACAGCGCUGACCCCCAGAUCGUCGUUGUCGAGGUUGACCCCCGAAUAUCGCGAACUCCCGUGUCGGAAUUCUCAGGGUAUACCAGUCUGUUAGCUGAAGUAAAUGAGCCAGCUAGCUCAGGAACCAAAACCCCCACGAGCCAAAGCUACAGGUAAAGGUUUUGGUAGCCAACCUAACCCUGCAGUUUGGGACAAGGACUUUCCCCAGUGCCCUCGAGCCCAAUUCCCUCAUUUACAAAAAAAAAAAAAAAAAAAAAGCAAGAUAAAAUAUUAAUUAUUACACUGCCAUUAAUUGUUAAUACUCUACCAGGGAAGGUCUACCUGACCUCAAAUGCAAUUUUUUGAUAUUCUUCUUUUUUUAAUAUGUAUUUUAGUUCCUCAUUUUUAUUAGUGUAGUCAUUUCUGUGAUUUAGAGGAUAGGUAAUGACUGGCUUGACUUUUCAUGAACCCUGUGUUUUUAGCAAUCAGGAUAGAAUUGUAAAAUAGAUGAAGAUGAUCUAUAGUAAUAACUAUUGUCAGGGUGUGGCCCAGUAUUCAGUGGCAGAAAAUGUCGGCCUAUUGUCUGUUACAAUAAUUGAAAGUAUUACUCAGGAAAAACAUUUUUUAAAAAAAAUAAUUAGGUGCAACUAGCACUGAUUUUGUUUUUAACAAGUAUAGUUUAAAACUACAGUGAAUCUUGUUUUCUGAAAUUCCUUGAGGAAAAAAAAAUCAAAUCCACACUCAGUCUACCUGUUCAGCUGAUCACACUGGUGAAUCUUUCCACUACUUGUACAUAUGCAGAUAUUAUGGUACUUUGUCAAUGUGAAAACACUGCAUACUUUAAUCACUAAAGGACAGACGUAAGACAUGGUUGCGAACCUAAACGCACACGCUCAGUCCCAUGCGAAUGCUCAUGGAAAUCUGUUUGCGUGCAUGUAAUGUCUUUUUAAGUAGCGUCUUUACUGCUACUGAAAUGUGGCCUCAAGGUUUGUCGUACACAGGCUGAUUUAUACUUCUGCGUCUGCGAACCUGUGAACGGGUAAAAAACAUUCUCUACUACAGCAGAGGGCAGUGUCGCAUGUAGCAAACCAAGAACGUUCUGAACUCCAGUCAAAGAGGAGAGUCUCGCGCUUCACUGUUGAAGACUCGAUGGAUAGAAGUAGGAAAGUGUGGUUAAGAAGAGUUUAGUUUUUACAUUAUACUUGACCAUGAAUAGCAGUAUUCUGCUGAAAUCGAUCUUGCAUUGCCUUUGGUUUAUUCAUUCAAUAAAAACUCUGCCCCAGGUUUUUGCCAUCUCUCUCUCUCUCUCUCUCUCUCUCUCUCACUCACUCACUCACUCACUCACUCACUCACUCACUCACUCACUCACUCACUCACUCACUCACUCACUCACUCACUCACUCACUCACUCACUCACUCACUCACUCACUCUCUCACUCACUCACUCACUCACUCACUCACUCACUCACUCACUCACUCACUCACUCACUGUCCUGUAAUUCAUUGUCCAUAAUUUUGUAAAACAAAGACCUUCUAAUGUUGUGUCUCUUCUACAAGUCGAUCCUAAAUCUGUGCCGUUUUGCUUGUGCACUAGUUCUGGUUUGAGUUUAAAACCCUGACAUUACUGUAGACGCUUUCCUGCUCAGCCAAUCAGUGUCGUGCACAACAGAUGGUCAUGAGACGUAACGUUUCUGUCGGUUCCCCCUCGAGCUACGCUUACCCAUGAACUAUUUCUCAUUGCCUCGGUGCUUACCAGAAGUAUAAAUCAGCCCUAAAUCAUACCCUGUUGUUAAAUGUGUCGGCUCUCAUCCUUUUUAUUUCUCAAGGAAUCAUAUUAGCACUUUUACCACUGAAGACAAAAACUGUUGGAUGACAAAUACAUACAUGCUUUUGUUCAGAGGAAAGCUGUGAUUUUAAUUGUUUUUUUUUUUUUUUUUUUUUUGUAAUGGAUAUGGGUGUUUAUUGCUAUGGGCAUUUUGUUUUUAAUAUAUAGCGGGAUGGGAGGGGUAUUAGCAUGAUUUGUUCUUGUAAUGCUAUCGACAUGGAUGCCAUACCAAUUUUGUGCUGUGGAGCCUUGGGUGUAAGUAUAGGGCCUCUUUGUAUUCAAAGUGUAUUUAAGUAUUAAGUUGAUUUUUUUGCGUGAAAAGCUGCAUUUGGAAUUCUACCUCUCAAAUUACAAAAUUGAUGCCUAAUGGACAAAAAUGCAAACUUCCCUUUCAAGGUCUUUGCUUGGAGAACCAUCCAAGUUGUGGACUUUUAAACUCAUGCAAAUCUGAAUUUUUGGACCUGAACCUGUUUAAAUGUUUGUUUGUUUUUUGUUUUUUUAGCCAUGAAAUCAGGAAUCACUCAGCCUGAGGAGACUUGUGAAUCUGAUUACCAUUUCCCCCCCUCCUCACACACAUACACACACACACACACACACACACACAAAUACAAUCUUUGCUGUGCCCGUGAAUGAAGCAGGUAGACUCCUGUGUCUUCCUUCCAUGUCUCCUGCUCCUACCCAGCAUGAACGGGACCCAGCUAUUGGCCUCAAGUCCCUUCACAGAGAACUGCUGAUUCUGCACUAGUGUCGGGGCUCAAAACCUAAAUGCUGCACUCCAAACCUGUCCCAUUCUUUAAAAGAGAAAAAAAAAAAAAAGAAUAGUGGCAAAAAGAACACAAUUGACCUUAAUAUACCUCAUAUCACUGUAUACACGACAAAACCAGGGACGUGUUUCAUGUAGCCUAUAUAGUGGUAAUAUUGUAGUGUACAUCAGCCAUAUUGUAGAACCAUAUAAUGCCACCUGUGUUUACGAUUAUCAUUCAUGUUGGUCUGUUGGAAUACGUUUUUUUUUUUUUUUUUUUUUUUUUUUUUUUUGGUCUGUUAAGCAAUUUUGCCAAGCAGUGUUUCCUUGUAGAUCUCUUCCCCUUGUGAUUUUCUGAAUUUUUUCAAUGUUUUUUUCCCCCUUGUUUUUGUUACUUGCCAUAAUAUGUUUUGAUAUGAACUCUUGUUUACAGUAAUGUACAAAACACUAAAAAAAAUGUGUUUUCUUUCCCGUUUGAUUUUGUUGUCUGAUGCAUGAUAUGAAGUUUUUUUGUUUUGUUUUGUUUUUUUUCUGAUUAUGAUCGCACCAAAAUAUUUUUUGUAGCAUAUGUGUCCUCAUCUUCAAGCUUUUGUUUUUUGUGAUUCUACAGGGCUGAACAUGUCAGAUGACUUUAUAUAUGAUUAGAUAAGCCAAUAAAACCUUUUGUUAUGAAA